CUGGUUAUCCUGGUCGUCGUUCUCGGAUUGAUGGCUGCGACGUGGUUCACGACGCCGAAGGGACCCAACCAGACGUUAAUACGGACGAGCGUAUUGCUCACACUGGCGUGCUGCUAUCUCAUGUGGAUGAUCACGUACUUGGCCCAGGUACACCCGCUA